GGGUGGGGGGAGGCGGUGCUCCCAGCGGCUGGGCAGAGCAGGGUGUCACCGGCCACCGCGGCGGCGCUCCGGGAGCGCUGGCUCUCCCUCCGCGCGGGGUCCCCGCAGCCACGCGCCACGCUCCGCCCUGGACGCGGGGCCCGGCGCCCGGGUGCGCGCGGGUGGCAGCCAGCCUGCCAGCGGCUGAUUUACGGCUGUGCCGAAAACCGCUCCUCCCGCAUAGCCCCUGCCGCAGCGGCAGCAGCAGCAGCAGCAGCGGCAGCGGAGGCUGCAGCUGCAGCAACAAGUCGGGACUUUUAGAGUAAUGCAACAGAAGGCCUUUGAAGAAAGCAGAUACCCCUGGCAGGAGUCCUUUGAGAAUGUUGCUGUGUGCUUGCCGUUCCGCUGCCCGAGGUGCGGAGACCAUACCAGAUUUAGAAGCUUGUCAUCACUGAAGGCCCAUCUGGAAUUCAGUCACAGCUACCAGGAAAGAACCCUCCUGACGAAAUGCAGCCUCUUUCCAUCCCUCAAAGACACGGAUCUAGUCACUUCCUCGGAGCCCCUGAAACUGGGGAAACUGCAGAGCUGCGGCAGCGUGGUGAAGCAGAAACCCAGCUAUGUUAACCUAUACAGCAUUGCCCACGAACACUGCAAGGACAGGAAGCCCUUCGAGGUGGUGGCCGAGAGGCCCGUGUCCUACGUGCAGACCUACACUGCAGUGGAUCUAUGUGACGACCCGCUGGAUGGGCCCAGGGCCAGUCCCGGGUUCCCCACCUCCGACACCAAAGCUGCUUUCGAGGCCCACGUCCGAGAAAAAUUCAAUCGGAUGGUCGAGGCCGUGGACAGGACCAUCGAGAAGAGGAUCGACAAACUCACCAAAGAGCUGGCCCAGAAAACGGCAGAACUGUUGGAAGUCCGGGCCGCUUUCGUCCAGCUGACUCAGAAAAAGCAGGAAGUGCAGAGGCGAGAGCGGGCCCUGAACAGACAGGUGGACGUGGCCGUGGAGAUGAUCGCGGGGCUGAGGCAGCGCCUGACAGAAUCGGAGGAGGAGCUGCUCAGGAAAGAAGAAGAAGUUGUAACAUUCAACCAUUUCCUCGAAGCAGCAGCUGAGAAGGAGGUUCAAGGGAAAGCUCGGCUCCAGGACUUUAUUGAGAAUUUGUUGCAGCGGGUAGAACUGGCAGAAAAGCAGCUGGAGUACUAUCAGAGCCAGCAGGCCGCAGGCUUUUGCCGGGACAUCAACGAGCAUGUGCUUACAGAUAGCUCUUCAAAUAGGAAACCCAGAUGCCUAAGCCGAGGACACCCACAUUCAGCGUGUAACCACCCUGAUCUCAAGGCUCAUUUUCAUCCAAAGGGAAGGAGCUACCUGAAAAAAGCCAAGGAGGAGAGGGCCAGCAUGCAGCCUGCUAAGUCCAUUCACGACCAGGCUGACACUCCAAGAGAACUCUACAGACCGCUGAAGAAAGGGGAGCUUCUGGGAUUAAGUCGGAAAGGCAAUAUCAGGCCCAAAAUGGCCAAGAAAAAGCCAACAGCGCUCGUGAACAUCAUCUAAAAGGGAGGACAUAAAACCCAUCAUGGGCUCAGGGCCUGAAUGGUCGGAUGUCAGCGGAUCGCACGGGCAGUGCAUUGCAAACCAUCCUGGAGACGAGCCCUUUCCCAAGACCUUCCCCUGGCAAUGUCCACGGCCUCUCUGCGAGCUGCAGGCAUGGCUUUCUCCCUGGCUGGCCUACCUUGUCCACCUCCUGCUGCUUUUGUGCCCUUUCGGGAUCAAAAUUUAUGAUCUUACCUUUCAGCCGGCUAUCUGAAGUGUCAUUGUGCACUGCUUUCUAAAGUAGCUUCUGAAAUAAACAGGACAUGUGGGAUCUGGAAUCUGAGACUGUCCUCCUCUCCCGCCCUAAAAUGGCCUUUAUUUCCAAAAGACCCAUCUGUUAAGAACCUCCUGCUUUAUGAUUUUCUUCAAGAAUGAAUUUUCAUGUUUUUUAAACUUAGUGUUUAUCAUUAGAUCUCCUGCAGAGUUUACAAGUGCUGACAUCCUUCCAGAAGUAAGAAUAAUUAUGCCCACAAAUAUAUACAUAUAUAUAAAACAUAUAAAAUAUAUUAUGUCAAGUAUAUUAAUUUAUUUUUAAGUACUCAUGGAAAAGGUAUGUGUUUGUGAUGGGUGGUUUUUAAACUAUGUAUGUUAGUUUAUGUAAAUUGAAUUCUCUCAUUUAAAAAAUUAAAACUGUAACCUAAUUAAUAUUAGUAGAAUUAUGGUUGUUAUUACAAUAAGCAUCAGAUUAGCAGUGCAUUAAAAAUAGGUAAUUGAGCAAUUACUUAAAAUGACAGUAAGUUGAAAAGUGUAACUUAUCAUUAUAUAAAUAUUUUUAGCCUGUUACAGUGAAAAUGUUGAAUUUUGAAUCUUGGCUUUAACUUUUGACUCAUGGGUGUGGGCAGUUCAUGUAGUGUAUAGGCAACUAUCAAGUGGAAGAAAACAUUGCUGUGAAUAACACUGUUCUGGCUAACAUUGUAAAAAUUGUGAUGUUAUAUGAUUAAUUUGGAGAAUUGAUCUUCCCCAAGAUUAUUUCUUAUUGGUAUUUAUGCCACGAUUCACUUUAGCCUUUUACAUACUAAAAAAUUGACUUGUUGGUUGUAUUGCAUGCUAAUUGUCCCCGUAACACAGCUUGUUUUUAAAGAUGGUAUAACCAAACUUUCUUUUCUAAUUUUAUUUAGUGAAAACAACAUUUUCAAAGUCCAUUUAACAUGCUAGAAGACAAAAAGCUCUUUUUAACAGUGAUACCCAGUGAUCUCCAGAAAGCGCCAUAAUGUCAUAUCUACUCUAUGUAAUUACACAGACAAAUGAUUUUAAGAUUAUAUUACAAUUUAAAAAAAAAAUUCAAUUGAAGUCUGACCCUCACACAAGAAAUGCAUUAGACACAUAACUUUGCCAUUGGACGUGGAAGCUGGCUCACUCAGAAGGGUAUCCCACUUCAUGCCAUGGCCUGAGCCGUGUGCCAUGUCUUAUUUAAAAAAAAAAAAAUUUUUUUUUCUUGUCCACAUGGGAAGCCAAUCUUAGAGUUUCUCUUUGGAAGAAAAAUCAAAGUUUCUGGGAAAACAUGUUCAAGGUUAAACUGAAAAAAUGGAUCUAAUUUAUUUUGUAAUGAAAAAAAAAAUCUGUAUUUGAACUGUUCUUUCAUUCUUCCUCCCCACCCCCACCCCUACCCCCAAACUACGUUACAGAUUCUUAACUACAAAAUCCAGAUUUCUUAGACACAAUUUUACAGGGUCGGAUAGUUGUCUGGAAGUUGGAAUAUUCUCUUCCAAGAAUUAAAAAGGAAGUUUUUAGAUUAUGAAAUAUUAUAAUAAAAAGCUAUAUUUCUGA